AGCAACACCAUUCCUGCUGUGUUCCCCCCUCCCCCCCAACUCCCCAUCACCUCGCCACCACCACCAGUGCAUCAUCACAUCGCGGACACCCACGUGGCGCAUCGCAUAUUGUCCACCAUGCCCUCUCGUGACCACCUGACCCGCACCAUUUCUGCUCUAUUCCCUCCCCCCCUCUUCCUUCCCCACCAAAUCACAGUGCAUCAUCACAUCGCGGACACACAUGUGGCGCAUCACAUAUUCUCCACCAUGCCGCACUACCAUGCGGAGGAGGCCACCCGAGCCAUCAAGCCCAUCCUGAAGGACUACUACCAGUUUGACGGAACUCCCAUCGUGAAGGCGCUCUGGCGGGAGGUGUCACAGUGCGUCUGUGUUGCUCCUGAUGCAGAUGGGCCCAAGGGCGUGUACUGGUAUUCAAACAAAGUAAAGUAA